AUGGGGAAUCGAGUUGAUAACAAGUUCACUUGGGUCAUUAGGAAUUUCUCCUCUUUGGAAUCUGAGAGAAUCUAUUCUGAUCAAUUCCUAGCUGGUGGCUGCAAAUGGCAUCUUAUUGUAUUUCCUAAGGGAAAUAAGGUUGAUUACUUGUCUUUGUAUCUUGAAGUCGCUAAUUAUGGAUCGUUGCCUUUUGGAUGGAGAAGACACGCACAAUUUCGCCUAUCGAUAGUAAAUCAAAAUUCAGAAUUACUCUCCAAUCUGCGAGUAACACAACACUGGUUUGAUCAGAGUGUACCCGUUUGGGGUUUUAAAUCCAUGUUUCCCUUUACCAAACUUUAUGAAAACAAUGGUGGAUUUAUGAUGAAUGGAGAAGUCAAGAUUGUUGCUGAGGUAGAUGUUCUUCAAGUUGUUGGAAAAUCAUAUGUAUCAAAUGAAGCUGAUGAUGAAUUCCAAACUCCGAAGAAGUUUAAGACAAAUGAUGACGGUGCAAAUUAUAACGAUUUUCUCAACAAGACUCAAGAAAGAAUUGAUGUUAAUGGGUUUCAAGUUCUUUCUUCACAGGUAGAAUCCGUGAGGCGUAUAUUUAAAAGGCAUCUAGACUUUGCAUCGAAAUUUCGUCCAAAAGAGCGAAUNAUGAAGUCGACAUACAUUGAUGUUCUCCUUGGACUGAUUGGAGCACUUUGCCAGCUGCCGCAAGAGCUCUCUGAUGCUGAUCUGAAUGAAGCAUCGACUGCACUGUCAUACGUUGCAAAUGGAGGCUUUAAAGUUGAGUGGUUGGAGAAGAAGCUCAAUGAAGUUAAGGAUAGGAGAAAAAAAGUGGGAGCUGGUAAGGUUCGGGUGCAACUAAUGAAGCAAACGUUGCAGAAACUUAAUCAGAAAGGCUUAGACCUGAAAUCUCUUUUGGAGAAGGAGAAGGCAAAUGUGUCGGCCGCCAAUGUUGCUCUCUCGUUUGAUGAUUUUGUUUGA